CGAGAUGGAUGUGGGGCGAGAUGGAUGUGGGGCGAGAUGGAUGUGGGGCGAGAUGGAUGUGGGGUGAGAUGGAUGUGGGGUGAGAUGGAUGUGGGCUGAAGGCACUGGGUUCAGUGGGGAGAACAGCCUGGCGUCGCCCGUUUGUGACAAACCUCCACCACUUGUCCCUGCUGACCCUUCGUAGCACCACAGAAUGACUGAGGUUGGGAAAAGCGCUGUGGCCGCCAGUCUGACCAGCAACCCAUGCCCACCGUACUGCAGGGGGUGGUGGGAAAGUGAAAUACUGGGGCUCUGUGCCAUCAAUCUGGCCGGCGUGCUCUCCUCGCUUUUCUUCCCACUCAUCAUGCUCACGGUGCAUGGACUUUCAUGGGCUGAGCGCCCCAAGAACACAUUUCAGGACAGCGGGAUCUCGGUGGGCUAAACUUCCCCAGGAACAACCUUUAGGGCAGUGGCAGCUCGGUGGGCUGAGCGCCCCCAGGAAUAAUCCUUAGGACCAGGUCUGAGCUGCACCCACAGGAGUGUGAUUCACAGCCGAGUGCUGCCCCACGCCCGGCGCACCGGACCUCAUCUGCUCGCUGUCACGGGGCUCAGUGCCGUGACGCAGAGGAGUGGUGGUGACUCACCUGCAGAAAGAGGAACAGCAAGGAGCGUCAGCGGUGUUCCGAGGCGUGGAGCUCCGUCCAGGAUCGGCUUUCCUUGCAGGGUGAAGGUGACAUCAGGAGCAGACAGCAGUUCCUGAUGCGCUGACGGCCAAUCAUGUCCAGGAAGCACUGGCCUGCGGGGACGCAGUGCGUCACCAAGCACGACCACACCAAGCCCAAGGCCGGCGAGCUGGCCUUCCACAAGGGAGAUGUGAUCACCAUCAUCGAGGCCGUGGAGGGCAGGAACUGGUACCGCGCGCGGCACAACAAGAGCGGGCAGGAGGGGCUGCUGGCGGCCGGAGCGCUGCGGGAGCGCGGGGCCAUCCGUGCUGACCACAAGCUCAGCCUCAUGCCCUGGUUCCACGGGAAGAUCUCGGGGGUGGAGGCGGUGCAGGAGCUGCAGCCCCCCGAGGACGGGCUGUUCCUGGUGCGUGAGUCGGUCCGGCACCCUGGUGACUACGUGCUGUGCGUGAGCUUUGGCAAGGAGGUGAUCCACUACCGGGUGCUGCACCAGGAGAACAGGCUGAGCAUCGACAGCGAGCAGUACUUCUGCAACCUCAUCGACAUGAUCGAGCACUACACGGAGCAGCAAGGAGCCCUCUGCACCAAGCUGGUGAAGCCCAAAGCCAAGAGCGGGAUGAAGUCAGCCGAAGAGGAGUUGGCCAAAGCCGGCUGGCUGCUCAACCUGCAGCACCUCACGCUGGGAGAACGCAUCGGGCAAGGCGAGUUUGGAGAUGUCCUGCAGGGCGAGUACAUGGGGCAGAAGGUGGCUGUGAAGAACGUCAAGUGUGAUGUGACCGCCCAGGCCUUCCUCGCCGAGACUGCCGCCAUGACGAAGGUCCGACACAAGAACCUGGUGCGUCUGCUCGGCGUCAUCCUGCACAACGGCCUCUACAUCGUCAUGGAGUUCAUGAGCAAGGGCAACCUGGUCAACUUCCUGCGCACGCGGGGCCGCGCGCUCGUCUCACUGCCACAGCUCCUGCAGUUCUCUCUGGACGUGGCCCAGGGCAUGGACUACCUGGAGUCCAAGAAGCUGGUGCACAGGGACCUGGCCGCCCGCAACAUCCUCAUCUCCGAGGACAAAGUGGCCAAAGUGAGCGAUUUUGGCCUGGCCAGGGUCAACCCCCGCGGUGCGGACGCCACGCUGCUGCCCGUGAAGUGGACGGCUCCCGAGGCCCUGAAGCACAAUAAAUUCUCCUCCAAAUCGGAUGUGUGGAGCUACGGGAUCCUCCUGUGGGAGGUGUUCUCCUUUGGCCGGGCGCCCUACCCCAAGCUGAGCCUGAAGGAGGUGACGGAGCAGCUGGAGCAGGGGUACCGCAUGGAGCCCCCCGAGGGCUGCCCGCCCAAUGUGUACACACUGAUGAGGAGCUGCUGGGAGAUGGAGCCGGGCAAGAGGCCGUCCUUCAAGAAGCUCACAGAGAAGCUGCAGAAAGAGCUGAAGCACCUGAAGGAUGUUUAACCUACGUUCCACACCCAAGGAGCCCCCAGAACCCACAGGAGGAGCCCCCAAGUUGGGGAGCAGUGUGAAAACAGGCAGCCUGGAGGCUGCUCCCUCCUGGUGAAGAUGGGGCGGUGGCUCUGCAGGGUGCCUCCUCCCCUGCACGCACACAGAGGAUGCAAUGUCCACCCUCCAUCUCCCAGGAGGAUGCAGUGGACAGAUGAAUCCCUCCGUCCCCUGGGGCUCAGCCAUGCCUGGGGACACCAGGAGCACGAGGUCCCUCUGAGCCCCCUCUCCUUUCCCAGUGGUGGGGACAACACGGGAUGUCCCACCCCUAUGGAAGACAACACCCCACUGCUGGCACAGCCCUAUGCCUGCGCUGCAUGGACACACCAACCGCACUCAGCUCAGCCACGCGAGUUUGGGCCUCUUGAUUAAACCACAGAAAUUCA